GUUACAGAAAUCUCCCACAAUUCAAAAUCAAAGCGAAAGCCUGUAAUUAGACGGUCAUUUUGUUAAGAAGGUCCACCGGUGCGUGUGUGUGUGUGUGUGUGUGUGUGUGUGUAUGUGUAUAUGAGCUGUCCUCUUUGCUCUGCUGUUAUGACAAAUGGUGCAUUCUGGAUCUCUCAGUUCUGCAAUAGCACGGCUGUUUCUGCUUUCUGGGUUUCACAUCAAUGAGGAAUGCUUCUCUUGGAUCAGAAACUGUUGGACGUGUGUGUGUGUGUGUGUGUGUGUGUGUGUGUGUGUUAGUGAGGGAGAGAGAGAAAUAUGUGUUCUCUCAUGCUAACCUGCAAUAUUUUGUGUAUUCUAUCUAUCAAGUCCAGAAUUCAAACUAUGUGGGGAUAGUAGAUGGAUCGACGGUCCCUCCAGGCUUUCGCGAUAUUGCGUUUGCAUAAACGAACACAAAAUCAAGCUAAUUCCGCAAUAUUCCGAGGAGCUUGCGAUUUUUCUAAAUUACCGCAAAGUUUUCCGCAGAUUUGGGGCAAGACACGUCAUGUGACAUCAUCACGACAGCAAUUUCGUGCAGUUGCAUUUUCGCCAAUGCGUGUAGUUUUCAGCAAACAUAAAAAUAAAUAUAUGGCACAAAAAAACUCUGCAAGUUGCAUCCAAAGCUUUUGAAAAAAGCCGCAGCAAACUCGAGCAUUUUUGGGUGCGACGAUCCCAAAAAAAGGCGAGGAGAUCGUGUACUGACUGAGUUGAUGACCCUUUUUUUGUUAGAUCUUGUUACUUAAUUUGCUAGAAAGCUGAUCGAGAAGUCAGAAAUUUUUAACUAGAGCGGUGAAAUUCUCUACUCAGAAGGUCAGGAGGUGUUGAUUCAUUUUCUAUAACAAUAGCUCUGACAGUACUGCUGGCUUAUUUCUGUGCGCUCUUAAUACAAACUGUGACAGUUCAUUCACGUACACAUGAUUUAAAAAAAAAUGUGAGUAAUUGCUGAUACGGUGAAGUUUUCUGUGAGGUGACGUUUAGCGUUUUUUGGAAGGAGUCUCCAGUGUCAGUGCUCGUUAAAACUAUUCCUUUAAAUUUUCCAACUUUGUGGUUUCCAGUUUCUCAGAAACAUGACACUGUUGUUUUUUUUUAAAAUUUUUAUUUGGGUCUUAUUUCCUUUAAGACAGAGGGGGGAAAAAAAAGAGAGGCUGGUGAGGGAAUGAAUGUUUAUAGCUGUCAGAGGUAAAACUGUUCCUUUAUUUUGUCCAACAUGGGAAAGUCUUCUUUCUCUACAACACAACCCUGCUUACUGCACUCGUUUAUUAAGAGAAAAAGAGAGAUUCUGGUCAGGGAGUAUCUUGUUAUUAACUAUUGUGAGUGAUAACAGGAACUAACUUGUUUUGUGGACGUUCCGCAGCAUAAAAAAAAAUAAUGUGCAUAUUGGCAAAUUGCUGUGGUGUCGGAGGAACAUGUUCUUCAGAAUGUGCUCUCAGUCGGAAAAUUUGUAUGCAAUCUGACCUGCGUUUCUGCUCACCGCGUUGGUAAAGAGUUGUUAUUUGUACUACCGUAGUCUUCCUGUCAACGUGAACCUGUCUGGCCAUUCAUCACUGGAUGUUUUGACGCUUUGUGCAUCAUUCUGUGUAGACUCUAGAGACAGUUUCGUGUGUGAAAAUUCCAGCAGAUCGGUAGUUUCUGAAAUCCUCCAGCCUGUCUGGCACCAACAAUCAUGCCGUGGUCAAAGUGGCUGAGAUCACAUUUUUACCCCAUCAAGCUUUUGACCUGUAUCUGCACGAUUUUAUGCGAUGCGCUGACGUCACUGAACGUCUCCAUGUCUGGAUGAGUCACAUUACGUCUUUGUGUUUGUAUAGAGCGCCUAUUCUUUUUCAAGUUUAACGAUUUCCCGAAACAACUUCAUUGUUCCGGACAUCAUUUAGCUGGACGGGUUUAUCAUCAAACACUCGGCCAGAAUGAGCGUCGUUUCCACUACCAUGGUGGGAGUUUAUGAACUCUGGAGAGCAGCCAGAUUUCCUGAGUCCUUCUCUUUGCUUUGUAAGCUUUAAAUAUACACCAGGCCUUUGUGUUUGGUCAGCAAGGGUUUUACUGGAGGCUACAUUUGUGUCGACCAAGCUCUUAGUGUAGCUGUAUGUAAAGAAAUAGACUCUUUCUGAAGUCAAAGCAUCAGCUGUCCACACGUAUAUGCUGGGACUGGGCGAUAUGACAACCUUGAUCAUCCUCAAACCUUUUGUGAGAAUGUUCUGUGGAUUGAUGAGUUGAAAGUGGAACUGUUUGGAUGACAGGAGUCCCGUUACAUCUGUCGUAAACCAAACACAGAAUUCCACAAAAAGAACAUCAUAGCUACAGUCAAGCACGGUGGUGGAAGUGUGAUGGUGUGGGGAUGCUUUGCUCCUUCAGGGCCUGGGCAACUUGCAGUAAUUGAUGGAAACAUGAAGUCUGCUCUCUACCAGAAAAUCCUAAAGGAGAAUGUCCGGUCUUCAGUCUGUAAGUUGAAACUCAUGCGCAACUGGAUCAUACAGCAAGACAAUGAUCCAAAGCAUAGGAGUAAGCCGUAGUCCUAGAAAUAAGUGAAACGCUGAUCUCCGGUUAUCUGAAACAUUUGGUUGCAGUUGUUGCUGCUAAAGUUCUCACAACCAGAUUUUAAGGGGUUUAACGGGGCAGUUAGUUUUUUCACAUGGGUGGUAGGUGAUAACUUUUUUUGCUUCAAUAAAAAUAAAUAACUGUAUUGUGUGUUUACUCAUGCUGCCUUUUGUUUUAUGCUGCAUUUCGAAAAAUCUCAAACUAUUUAUUUUGAGAUGUACACAAAAAACAGAAGAAAUCAGGAUGGAGCAAAUACUUUUUCACAAUUUAAAAAGAAGAGGUGUAAAAAAAAAAAAAAACACUUUCAGAAAAUCUUUUGGAAGAGAUGACCAUACCAUCUCCUGUAUUCACACUCACACAUCAGUUUUGAAACGAUUAGACCCUGGGGAAAAACUAAAAGCAGAAGUAAUCACAUGCUUCAACUUUAAAUGGAACCACAGAUGUCAUAUCUAUCUUCACAGAAAAUAAGCAUGAAUCAGCAUGAUGUCACCACAGACGCAGCGGAUUAGUUUUUAUCCUACCACAGUGCAUUCGAUUUUUUUUUUGUCUUUGGUGAGAACAGGCAGCUCUGAAAGUAGCUCUACUACAAGCGGCACUGCCAUUCGUGAUCAUGACCAUCAUGUUCCAGCCAUACCAGCGAGGCGUGCACUGCGAAGACGAGAGCAUUCGUUACCCGUACAAGUCCGACACCAUCUCACACAGCAUGAUGGCUGCCGUCACCAUCGUCUGUUCCAUCAUCAUUAUUACCACAGGAGAAGCCUACCUGGUCUACAGCAAGCGCCUCUACUCAAACUCAGACUUUAACCAGUACGCUGCAGCGCUCUAUAAAGUCGUGGGAACCUUCCUGUUCGGCGCCUGUGUGAGUCAGUCUCUCACAGAAAUGGCCAAAUUCACAAUCGGGCGCCCGCGGCCCAACUUCAUGGCCGUGUGCGCGCCGAGCGUGUGCAAGGGCUACAUGCUCAACAUAAACUGCACGGGAAACAAACACAACGUCACCGAAUCAAGGUUGUCCUUCUACUCUGGCCACUCAUCUUUUGGGAUGUACUGCAUGCUGUUUUUGGCGUUAUAUGUGCAGGCACGCAUGGCAUUCAAAUGGGCACGUCUUCUCCGACCAACGAUUCAGUUCUUCUUGGUUGCAUUCGCGAUUUACGUUGGAUACACGCGGGUGUCUGAUUACAAACACCACUGGAGCGAUGUACUCGUGGGCCUCUUGCAGGGGGCGCUCAUCGCCAUUCUCAAUGUGCGGUACGUCUCAGAUUUUUUCAAGGAACGUCUUCCGCGCCAACCGCAAACCGAGAUGUCGGAGACCGACGAAUCGGAGCGCAAACCAAGCCUGCAGAUAAUCGAUCAAGAGAGGAAUCACCAUUGCAGCUUUUCUGGGACCGUAUGAGAGACUUUUGGCUUUGUGGAUGGUGUGUACCGGUAUCAUACCAAAACCAGAAAGUGUGUGUGUAUGUAUGUGUGUGUGUAUGUGUGUGUGUGUAUAUAUAUAUAUAUAUAUAUAUAUAAACCACUGGACAGGCUGCAGUGCUGCUCAAUAAUUCCCCCACAUCUGCAUCCCAGAGGCAUCAGUGCAGCUACUGUAGCCACUAAAGCUGAGUGGCACUGACUACAGACUCGCCUCCACACGUGGAUAAUCUCUCCUUUAUAUGCCUGUGUGUGUGCGUGUAUGUAUGUAUGUAUGUAUGUAUGUAUGCGGCAUCAUAUAGUAUCCCUAUAUUUUGUCCUUCCUGUAGAGGGUCUGAUAUAUUUAUACUUUAUCCGAUUACACAAAUCAUUUUUUAGGACUAAAGCACAAAUCAUAAAACAAUCAAUAGAAUUUUUUUUUUUGAUUCUAAGAAACAGACUUUUAAAUUGUAUCAAAAUGCAACAACUUCACCUGAUUUGAAGGCAUCUGAAAACGGUUUGAAAACAGUUCCCAAGUGAAGCGUAGAGAUCGGUCGUGGGUCGGUCCGUCGAAUUUCAAGAAGCCGUGCCACUGAAAACAUGUGAGGUAGAGUUCAAAUGCAUUCCUCAUCCACUACGUUGUGAAGUUGCCGUUUUUUUAAAAAUAUAGUUUUAAGACUUCUUUUUAAUGAAAAUAUAUCCUGUGGUGGUUGAUUAUAGUUAUGACCCUCCUGGUGAAUGGCAGUAGUGUUUUAUGUAUAAAAAUCCCCCAACACAUUCACAAAGUUGGACUGCAUAAUGUGACUAAUUUUUACUUUUUAAAAACAAUUUUAUUACAAAUUUUAUAUGAUAUUAUCUAAUUUCACCAAAUACCACUAGCUAACUAUUGCAUAUUUGCAGGCUUAUUACUUUUUCCUACUGUUUGUUUUUUAUUUUUAUUUUUUAUUAUUACGUGAAUUUCGGGACAAGAAGAGUUUAUAUAACCUCAUAACUGACGUAAUUUUAAAAAGUAUAAAACAAAUAAAAAUAAAUAACGUGCAGUGAUGAUAAUAUAGGCUUAAGGAUGUAACAGUUUUCCUCACUGCUGUUCGAACAGAUCUUCAGUAAUCUCGUGUAAUGUAGUAGCCAUUGUUUGGAUUAGUAAAAUUCUCUGAUGCUGCAUUCAAGAAAGGUCAUUUCUAGCAUGAAUGCUUUGGGAGUAGACCUCAUGAUGGAUCUCACGUGUGUCUGGCACUGGUUCUCACUGCAGAAAAAGCUUCAGCUCUUGAAAAACUGCCCAAGGCACAUGGUUAGGAUUUGUUAAUGUUCAUAGCAUAUGAUUAUUUUUCCCCCCAUGGCAAUGCUCAGUGUAUGCGCAUAAACUUUUUCUCAUCUAUCCCUAGAUACGAAACACAUACCAGUGUCCUUUCCCUGGAACGUGAUUUCCAUCAUGUUUAUACGAACCAAGUGUUGGGCUUUACAGCACAUGAUCACAAGAUUGGGGUGAAAAGUGAAGUCAGAUAUAAUUAGGACACGAUGUUCGCUUUGUUAAGCUGUGCAGAACCCUGGUGCAAAAAAGAAUUACGGGAAAAUUUGUUUUCAGCAUUAGUUGUGUAUCAUUUUAUACUCUUACAUGACUAAUAAUGGAAAAAAAAAAAUACUGUACAUACAGUUUUUACAUUCACAUCGCAAAUUGAUCUAUAAGCUGCACAUUGAUUUAUUCCAUCUACAGAAUUUGUGUGAAUUCGUGUCACGUUCACAGAUUGAGAUUAAGCACAUGACGUACUCUAACAAGCACUACUAUGAGCUGUGCAUUUCGGCAACAUUGCUUAGUUUGCGAGAUUUUUAAUGCACUCUAUAUUUACUGAGCAUGAGGUGAUUUUUUUCCCCCCUUUUUUCGCCAACAAACAGAGCGCCUCUGUGUUCCUCUGGUGUAGCUGCCGAAAGCCAAAGGCCUUAAAAUAGAGCAGGCCCCAAUGUGGGGAGAGCUCCCCUACUGCAAAGCAUCUUUUAUUUUAUUUGUGUACUAAAUUGAAUGUGGAACAGGUUCUUCAGAAUGUAUAACAUAUAACAAGCGUUUUCACUCCGCUUCAGUGUGCAACAGUGCAAAUACCAGUGAAUAUUUUCGAAUAAUCUAUUUUUUUUUUUUUUUUUUUCGUUCUAGUGCCUACACAAGCCCGAACAUUACCGUUAUAGUUCACAGUUAGUAUGUAAUAUGUUUUUGGAAAUGUUUUUUGGAAUAUUUUCUAAGCUCUAUUCUGAGCCCUUGGGAUUUUCUUUAAAAUGUGAAAAUACCUCCAAAAACCAAGACUAAGAUAAGCCGCUAAACCUGACCAUUUCAAGUGAUGGAGUGAAAAUUAAAUACAAACGAACAAACAUUGGUGAAAAAGGUCUGUUAUUGGAACCUUCAGAUCAGAAAUGCUAUAUAAAUAAUGGUUCACAAUAAUACAAAUAAGUCUAAUCUAUCUGUAUCUGUCUGAUCCCAAAGCUGCAUUUAUAAAAUUUAUAGUCACGGCACAGUUUAUAUAAACGUAUAAUAUAUAUAUAUAUAUAUAUAUAUAUAUGUAUAUAUAUGUAUGUAUGUAUAUAUAUAUAUAUAUAUAUAUAUAUAUAUGUAUGUAUUUUAAGUGAAUGAAUCCUCUGGAUACAGUUUUUAUUCUAUCCACUAAUUACUAAUUAGGCCUCCGAAUUUCUGUGUUUGUGGAUGCUUGAAGCCAAGUGUCUGGAGCAGGUGAGUUUUAAUGUUCUGUCCAAUACUGUGGCCUGCACACUGACUUUCCCAAAGCUUUUGAUUGUAUGGCUUAAAUAUAUUGCACACAUGAAAUAUUUUUCUAAAUGUAUUUUUACAUUUUUAUGUCUUAACUACUGUAGAUGAAUAAAAAUCAAUUACUCGUGUA